CUCCAUCAGACAGAGAAACGACCCCAAUUCGAGACAUUCAAUUUGUCCAGAAACGAUACGUGAUCUUUUGAAACGCAACUGGAACGAUCAAAGCUUUGUAGUUCCAAAUCGUAGCAAGUUCACAACAUCUUUGUUCUGUAAAUCCGCUAGUUGUAGCUCUUUCCGAGAAAUAUCGACGACGACUUCAAUCUAAGUAGCUGUUUGCUGGUUAGCUUCUAGUUAGACGACGACGUUUCUCCAAACACCGAUCUUUUAUUUCUCUCUCACAAAAUCCGCGUUUCUAAAUACUGUCUAUUUCGAAACUCCAGGCCCGUUUGUGGUUGACCUUCCAGUUCGGAACGUUUUAACUGCAAAUCCACUUUGAUUUAUCUCCUUCGAAUUUUUUUAAGAAGUUUUUGUUGUUGCAAAAAAAAACAAAAUGGCCGCGAACACGAAGAACGUUGCUAUCGGUAUCGAUUUGGGUACCACCUACUCCUGCGUCGGUGUGUGGCAGAAUGACUCCGUGGAGAUCAUUGCCAACGACCAGGGUAACCGUACCACCCCGUCCUACGUCGCUUUCAACCCGGACAACUCCGAGCGCCUGAUCGGUGAUGCCGCCAAGAACCAGGCCUCUCGGAACCCGGCCAACACGAUCUUCGACGCCAAGCGUCUGAUCGGUCGUGAGUUGAGCGACACCAAUGUGCAGAAGGACAUGAAGCUGUGGCCCUUCAAGGUAAAAAGGAUACUAUUUUCGCGAUGUUUCAGAAGAUACGAGGACCCAUUUUUAAACCGGAGUUCCAAAAUGCGGAAAACGAAAUCUAAAUUGAAUGGACUCUCAUUCUGCUAGAAAUUUAAAUUUUUUGAAGUCGGAAUAGUGUGAAACCUUGAAUCUCAUCGCAAUCGUACAUAAUGAUGACCAAACGUUGAUCAUGCAUGGCUUGCUCGAGGCGCUAGCCGGUGUGGAUACCUACAACAGAGACUUUUUUUAUGUCUGAUUGUGCGAUAAUAAGAUUUUUUAGGUGUAGAAAAGCGCAGCUUCACGAUCCUCCCAUGCAACAAUCCAAAAGAACCAAAUUCACCCUCUCCACGUCCACCAUCCUGGCGAAUCUAAAUCUGAAUGCAAUAUGCAACACAAAUUUCGCCAUUUGAUUUCGAUAAACACAGGUCGUCCCGGAUGAGAGCAACCGCCCGAAGUUGGAGGUCAGCUUCAACAAGGAGCAGCGUUUGUUUUACCCGGAAGAGAUCUCUUCUAUGGUCUUGACCAAGAUGAAGGAGAUCGCCGAGGCCUACGUCGGAACCACGGUGCUUUAUUUCUCAUUCUGCUUUUUUUGAUUUUGGCGAAUAACCAUCGAAUUGCGGUCCGUAAAGAAGUUCUUACGUCGCAUGUGAUACAUCUGAGAUUGACGUAUCGAUUGAGCGCUUGUGGUGAGUUAUCUGAAAUAGUACAAUUUUGCAAUCAACUGCAGGUCUCUGACGCGGUUAUCACCGUCCCGGCCUACUUCAACGACGCCCAGCGUCAGGCCACCAAGGACGCCGCCCAGAUCGCGGGUCUGAACGCGCUGCGUAUCAUCAACGAACCCACCGCGGCCGCCAUCGCCUACGGUUUGGACAAGCAGAAGGACGGCAAGGCCACCAACAUCCUCAUCUACGAUAUGGGUGGCGGUACCUUCGAUGUGUCCCUGCUGAAGAUCGAGGACGGAAUCUUCGAGGUCAAGGCCACCGCGGGUGAUACCCACUUGGGUGGUGAAGAUUUCGACAACAAGUAUUUACUCUUUUUUCCAUUUGUUUUUCCCUGUGUGUCUAGCUGUCUAUCGGUGCGCUGCGUUAUGAUUUCUGGCCCAAAGAGUCUAUGUUUAGAAAAUCGGCUUCUCGGCAUGCUGUGAAGACUAUCUUGCGCUGUUGUACUCACACAUUCACCUUUUCCACCACUACCUAACACAGGAUUGUCGAGCACUGCCUGAAGGAGUUUACUCGCAAGAACAAGGACGUGGACAUCUCCAACAACCACCGUGCGCUCCGCCGUCUGCGCACCCAGUGCGAGCGUGCCAAGCGCACCCUGUCCGCCAACACCUCGGCGACGAUUGAGAUUGAUUCCCUCGCCGACGGUAUCGACUUCUCGUGCACCUUGUCCCGCGCCAAGUUUGAGGAGCUGUGCAUGGAAUUCUUCAAGGGCUCCAUGCUGCCGGUGGAGAAGGUCCUGAAGGACUCCAAUAUCAAGAAGGACAACAUCACCGAGGUCGUCCUGGUUGGUGGUUCCACCCGUAUCCCGAAGGUAUAGUUCGAAGUUUUGUGAUGGAAAUGCGUGUUUUUUUCAGGGUGUUUGUCUGCAUCUGUUCUGCGAGAGAAAGAAAGAAAGUAGUGAUUGAAUUUGAGUUUUUUUGCAGCGGCGAUACUUUCUAAACUGGUAAACCGAUCGCACUUGAAGAUGUCUAAUAUGAUUCAAUAUCCCAGGUCCAAGAGCUCCUGGAGGAGUUUAUGGACGGCAAGAAGCCGUGCCGGUCCAUCAACCCAGACGAGGCCGUCGCGUACGGUGCCACCGUCCAGGCCGCCAUCCUCAACGGUGAGGGCGGUGAAGCGUGCAAGGACCUGUUGCUGCUCGAUGUCACCCCGCUGUCCCUCGGUCUCGAGACCACGGGUGGCGUGAUGACCAAGAUCAUCGAGCGUAACACCACCAUUCCGUGCAAGAAGAGCGAUAUCUUCACCACGGACGCGGACAACCAGACCUGCGUGGAGGUGUGCAUCUACGAGGGGGAGCGAUACAAGACCAAGGACAACAACCUGCUCGGCAAGUUCAACCUCGACGGCAUUGCCCCGGCCCCGCGAGGCGUCCCGCAGAUCGAGGUCACCUACAGCUUGGACGCCAAUGGUAUUCACUCAAAAUUCGAUACAACAUUGGAGACUUUUUUUUCUUUCUCGUUCUGCCAUAAUUACUGAAUAGUGUUUGUUCUACUUGUGUCAAUACACAAAAUCUGAAUCUGUAAUGCAGAUUGGCAUGAAAUAAAAUCCUAUCAGGUAUCCUGCACGUGACCGCUAAGGACAAGGCGUCCGCCCGCAAGGGUCAGAUCACGAUCAACAACGACAAGGGUCGCCUGACCCAGUCCGAUGUCGACCGCAUGAUCGCCGAGGCGGAGAAGUUCAAGUCUGACGACCAGGCCCAGAAGCAGCAGACCGAGGCCAAGCAGGAGUUGGAGCAGUACUGCUACCAGGUGCUGGAGGCCACGGAGUCUGACACCCUGAUGGAAAAGCUGUCUGAGGAUGAACGCGCGAAGAUCGAGUCCACCUGCCAGGAGGUGAGGAGAAUGUUUUUCUAGUGCUUCUUGUGCGUUUGGAGAAAACCUGUCUAUGACUACGGCUUUUGUUGUUUGCUGCAGUGUAGUUUUUUUGAAUUUGAUAAUUCUCCUUUAAAAACGUGAAAUUCACCAUUGUCAACAUCAGGCGCUCGAGUGGGUUGAGCACAACAAGGAGAUCGUCGCUGCGGAGCUGUCCGCCAAGAAGCGCGAAGUCGAGAGCACCGUCAAGCCGCUGCUGACCAAGAUGUACCAGCAGAAGGAAGAGAAGUCUUCCAAGAAGAAGACCGGUGGCCGCCGCCGUUAAGCAGUUCUAGUUCUUGGGGAGUUUGCCAAAACAUGAUUCGGCCAAAGAGCUCCGGUAGAUGAAACGGCUAGAUGAUAUUGUGUUCUACCAUAGGGAAGAACUACUUACGAAACGCGCGCCGUUUGCUUCUGCAUCCGAUUUUUCCAUUGAUUAAACUCAAUUGCAACUCUAGUGACUACAGCAGGUCUGACAACGACUGUUGCUAGCUAUAGAAAAAAAGUUUCUCUUUCCUACGCUUGAGGCAAAGUGCAUUCUAUGUGAUAGAAUGUGUGGCGCCUAAAACUUCGAGGUAAAAUCUGAAAGUGACAUCGCAAGGAUUCUGAUCGAGUGGUUUUUUUGAUUGAAAACACCGCCGAGCAGAAAUGGAGAUUUAGUUUAGAAAUGUACCGACGAGAAAACGAGUACGCCCGAAACUAAGGAAGAAAAAACGCAGGAUAAAAUACAUGCAUACAGUUCUGUACGAGGCGCUCUUGAUGCGCACCUUAAAGACAAAGAUGAAACAAGUGGAAUUCAGAGAUCACGCUCUUGGAAAAUGCCACACGUGACUUUAGAGAUAGAAGUAACUUAAACCAAGCGUUGAAACUCUUGCACCAAAUGUAAAAUGCUUUGAAUGGAUAGAUGACGAGCAACGAACGCGUCGACAGCUAAGUUCUCCACUCUAAGACCACCGACCGCAUUUCUUGAUGGCAUGAUCACACGAAAACCAUUGCGCUAAACAAUGCAUCGCAGCCACUUUCAAAUGAAAUGAACUGACUACGCAAGGAAAUCUUUAUCGAGGAGUAAUGGGUGUUGCGGCUCUCCGUGUCCCC